AUGAGGCAGGUCAACUGCUCCAGCACUUCCCAGCUCACUCAUGUCUUUCCAGUAAAUGCAGCCACUAGUGCUGUUAUGGGGCUCUGCUUUGUGCUGGGGAUCCCUGGGAAUAUAGCAGGGCUGAGGAUUCUUGGCCAACACUUGAGGGAGAACAGCUUCACUCUUAGAAUAAUGCUGAGCCUGACGGUGUCGGAUCUGCUGAUUCUCCUUCCCCUGCCGGUGUGGAUCUGGGCUCUUCUGCACUACUGGAUCUUUGGCCCUGUUGCAUGCAAGAUCAUCUCCUACAUUGACUACUGGAGCAUCUAUUGUAACACAUUGUGUGUAACUUUGAUGAGCUUUCAGAGGUACAUGCAGGUGCUCCAUCCUCAGAAAUGGGCUAAACUUGGAACCAGAGGAGAGAGCAGCCUUUUGUGUGGAAUAUGGAUCCUGAGUGGACUCUUGGCAUCAUACGCUCCAGUUCAGCGUGACGUGGCAUGUGAUCAAUACGGAGUCCUGUACUGUUACCAACACUUUAGGAAUGAUACAGAAAAAGUAGUCACUUUAAUCCUGGAAAUGCUACAAUUUUGGAUGUGUUUCUUCUUGCUGGUUUUCUUCUACUAUCGUCUUCACCGAGGGGUCAAUCAGUCACCUUUCUUUAGCAGUAACAGAAUGACAAAGCUGGUGACGAGAAUCGUCGUGUCAUUCUUCGUCUUCUAUAUCCUGGUUCCCAUCGCCAACAUCUCGAUUAUCACUGCAGUGUUUCUGAAGAAUGAAAAUCUGUUGGAAACUGUAGAACUUGUUGGUAAAGUGGCCAGAGUUCUGACAUUUCUGAACUGCUGUGUGAACCCUUGUCUGUACACUUUCUCUCUUAGAAGGCAGCAACAUACCAGUUCUGUGACAGAGAACACUUAGGUCAGACAUUACAAAGCAGAAUGCAUGAAGGUGCAUGUUCUAGGAUAAAUCAUGUGUGUAAGCAUAACGUUUUGGUUACAUUUAGUCUUUAUUGCUCAUUCAGUUCAGUCUGGUCUCUGAUCUUGACUAUGCACAUUCUCUGAAAGAAGUGACCUAAAACCACGAACCAACUUAUAAAACAUCUUAAACAAUAUGUAUUUAAAAAGUGCUGUUGUACUCAAGUUUGGCCUCGAGACACUUUUUUAUUAUCUUGGGCUUGUCGGUAGUAUUUGUCAUUGGCCUCGGCCUUGAAUCUUGCCAAAUUUAAUCUCUUUACUCAUGUCAUUAUACUGAAUUUCACAAUUCCGUAAGUUAUGGGUUCCUUCCUGCUGUUUCAUGAUGUUCUAAUUGAAAAAGAUUAUUUAAAUGUCUGUACCUCAAACAUGUACCCUGGGGUUUUUGCUAGUAUUUAUCCUGAUUAAACUGAAGUUAUUUUAAAACA